AGUUCCAUCAGAUUUGACUAUAUUCUAUUAUAUACCCAAAAAAAAGAAAAAGAUGACUAUGGCGUCGAACUACUACUCUGCUCAGAUAAAGCAAUGCAUUGGGUUGGGAGCGAGUCGCCAUGUGAAGAUGAUCCAUGGGAAUAUUAUCAGAACUCUUCCUCAUCCAGAGACGUUUUUGCAUAACAACAUCGUCCACGCGUAUGCUUUAAUCAGAAGCUCCCUUUAUGCACGCCGAGUGUUCGAUGGAAUUCCCCAACCAAACCUUUUCUCCUGGAACAAUCUUCUUUUGGCUUAUUCAAAAUCUGGGCUUCUCUCAGAGAUGGAACGUACCUUUGAGAAGCUUCCUGAUCGUGAUGGUGUCACUUGGAACGUGCUUAUUGAAGGCUAUUCCUUGAGUGGAUUGGUUGGUGCAGCCGUCAAGGCUUAUAAUACGAUGAUGAAAGAUUUUUCUGCUAAUUUGACUAGGGUUACGUUGAUGACAAUGCUGAAACUAUCUUCGAGUAAUGGGCAUGUUAGUUUGGGGAAGCAGAUUCAUGGGCAGGUUAUCAAACUUGGGUUUGAGUCUUAUCUUUUAGUUGGGAGUCCAUUGUUGGAUAUGUAUUCAAAAGUUGGUUUUAUCUCUGAUGCAAAGAAGGUUUUUUACGGGUUAGACGAUAGAAAUACGGUUAUGUACAAUACGCUGAUGGGUGGACUUCUAGCAUGUGGAAUGAUCGAUGAUGCACUGCAGUUAUUUCGAGGAAUGGAGAAAGAUUCAGUUUCUUGGUCAGCGAUGAUUAAAGGACUUGCUCAAAAUGGAUUGGAAAAGGAGGCUAUUGAAUGUUUCAGACAGAUGAAAAUAGAAGGUUUGAAGAUGGAUCAAUAUCCUUUUGGAAGUGUACUACCUGCUUGUGGAGGAUUAGAAGCAAUAAACGAAGGGAAACAGAUUCAUGCUUGUAUAAUCAGGACCAAUCUUCAGGAUCACAUUUAUGUAGGCAGUGCUCUCAUUGACAUGUAUUGCAAGUGUAAGUGUUUACAUUAUGCAAAGACUGUUUUUGAUAGAAUGAAGCAGAAGAAUGUUGUGUCUUGGACAGCAAUGGUUGUGGGUUAUGGCCAGACCGGGCGUGCUGAAGAGGCUGUUAAAGUUUUCCUUGAUAUGCAAAGAAGUGGAAUUGACCCAGAUCAUUAUACUCUAGGACAAGCGAUCAGUGCGUGUGCCAACAUAAGUAGCUUAGAAGAGGGCUCCCAGUUUCAUGGAAAAGCUAUAACUGCUGGCCUAAUACAUUACGUCACUGUUUCGAAUUCAUUGGUGACUCUGUAUGGAAAAUGUGGUGAUAUUGAUGAUUCUACUAGGCUGUUCAACGAGAUGAAUGUCAGGGAUGAAGUCUCUUGGACUGCAAUGGUUUCUGCGUAUGCCCAAUUUGGAAGGGCCGUCGAGGCUAUUCAGUUGUUUGACAAAAUGGUUCAACUUGGACUAAAACCUGAUGGAGUGACUUUGACCGGUGUUAUUUCUGCUUGCAGCAGGGCAGGGUUAGUGGAGAAAGGACAAAGAUAUUUUGAGUUAAUGAUAAAUGAAUAUGGAAUAGUGCCGAGUAAUGGCCAUUAUUCUUGCAUGAUCGAUCUGUUUAGUAGAUCUGGAAGGUUAGAGGAAGCCAUGGGUUUCAUAAAUGGGAUGCCGUUUCCUCCAGAUGCAAUUGGUUGGACUACUUUACUCAGCGCAUGUAGAAAUAAAGGUAACUUGGAAAUAGGUAAAUGGGCGGCUGAAUCACUCAUAGAAUUAGAUCCUCACCAUCCUGCUGGCUAUACCCUAUUAUCAAGCAUAUAUGCUUCAAAAGGGAAAUGGGAUUGUGUGGCCCAGUUAAGGCGGGGAAUGAAAGAGAAGAACGUGAGAAAAGAACCCGGACAGAGUUGGAUCAAAUGGAAAGGAAAAUUGCACAGUUUCUCAGCUGAUGACGAGUCGAGUCCAUAUUUAGAUCAGAUAUAUGCUAAGCUCGAGGAAUUGAACCAAAAAAUCAUAGAUAAUGGUUAUAAGCCAGAUACCAGUUUUGUCCACCAUGAUGUCGAGGAAGCUGUUAAAAUAAAGAUGCUUAACUGUCACAGUGAAAGGCUUGCGAUUGCUUUUGGGUUGAUAUUUGUACCCUCAGGCCUACCUAUUAGAGUAGGAAAAAAUCUUCGAGUGUGUGUGGAUUGCCACAAUGCCACUAAACAUAUCUCAAGCGUCACUGGUAGAGAGAUACUUGUCAGAGAUGCUGUUAGGUUUCACCGUUUUAAAGAUGGAACUUGCUCAUGCGGAGAUUUCUGGUAGGUUUUAUCUUGGAAUUUUCUGAACAUAGAGCAAAGCAUGAUGAAUCUCCAUCACUAGUCUGAAAAAUCAAAACAGAGCCGGGUA